AUGAUUAUCAAAGCUGCAGCUAUACUACUGCUGCUCUUCACGAGUGCUGCAAGAAGCCAAGAUGACUCAUUAGCUGGCAGUUUCCUGUCAGGGCUGUUGGACUCCAUCACAAGCACAGAAGAUGCGAAAGGAUGUCCGGGCGUGUGCGUGCACACGCUGGCCACACUGAUAUGCUACGAAGUGCUGGACGACAUUCCGUGUCCUUCGCCGAGCAUGAAAUGUUGCGUGGAAAGCAGCUCGGCUGCCGCCAACAUUACCACAACGCCGCGGCCUAGAACCACCACCACAACGGCACGGCCCACAACGACCACCCCGAAACCCACGACGGAGGCUAAAAUUAAGGAGAAGGAUAACAAAAAUAACUCAUCCUGUCCGGGUGUGUGUGUUGCGGAUCGCAUUGCCGAAUACUGUGAGGCUUAUCUAACGACGGCCGGUCUAUGCAAAAGUGGCUCGAAGUGUUGCGUGUCGCGCGAUAUCUACCCGGACAAUCCGCCGGACGAGCUCUACAUACCGACCGCACACUUUGAUGCGAAAACCAACAAAACAACCACCCCGAAACCGUACGGCAAAACGACGGAACGGCCACACACAACCGAGGAACCGAUCAAGUCGAAAACGAAUCCCACCCAGAAGCCUACGCCGAAACCUACGAAACCAACACCAUCCAAAUUGAAAACCACUUCCGCCACAUUGGCCAACAAUGGACAGGGACCGGUGUUUAAGGAGUGCGAGGGAGAAUGUGUAAACGGCUUGUUUGCGCUGUUCUGUGACGAUCUCGACAGUGAAGCGUUCUGUCCUAACGAGGGCUCAUGCUGCAUAACGGGUGUGGCCGAAGACAAUAAGCAACAGCUUGUGACUACCACCAGGCGACCAGCAACACCGCCACCACUACCACGCUGUCCCGGGUUCUGUCUGCUGAACAUUAUGGCCGCCUUCUGCGAACGUCCCUCGGUGCUUAUCCCCAACACGGCCAACUGUAAGCGUGGUUCCGUGUGUUGUGACAAUACGCGUGCUCCACCACCGAGACCACCGCAGCAGAAGCGUCCACCGCCGACUACGACCACAACUACACCGCCUCCGACAACUACUGCUGCUCCGGAUCCACGGGAAGAGUGUCCCGGUUCUUGCAUCGUCAGCCUGCUCAGCUUCACCUGUUUCCGCAAUGCCGAGAUGACGGAUCUGUUCAAGUGUAAAAAGUCCGGCACUCAGUGCUGUGCACCGAAGUCUAAAAUACAGGAAGUACAGCAAGCGGCUGCUAGCAAGACGAAGUACAACGACACGAACGGUUAUCCGCCGCAGGCACUACCGCCCCCACCACAGAUGAUGCCACAGCAACCACCGAUGGUGGGUCCGGGACAACCGUACCCGAUGCCACCGGCAGCAAUGCCACCGCUACAACCACAGUCCCCACUGGCACCACACCAACCGGGCUAUGGUCCACCGGCGCCCAAUCCUUACCCUGGACCUAUCAGCAACAACAUCUACGAGGUGCCACCGACCCAACAGCCUCCUUACGCACAGUCUCCGGUGUACGAACCACCGACGACAACCUCCCGCCCACAAGUCUACUCCAAGUACGUGUGCGGAGUGAAGGGCACUAGCCGGGCGGCCAAAUCCAUUCUCAGCCGUGAGGUGCUUCGGUUAGAGCAAGAACAGACCACGCUAGCGCGACACGCGCGUCACAUAGACGUGGACAGUAUCUACCGAUCGAAGAGCUCGGAGCGGUUGGUGCUCGGCAGUAGUAUCGUUCCGAUACCGAUCAUCUAUCACGAUCACAACGAUACCGUACCGGAGGAUCUGUUACGCCAUCCGAGUCUGAAGGAGAAUGCUACACUAGCCAAAUACUGGAACCAUCAUAGGAAGGGUCGUGUUGUUGGCGGAGAGGACGGUGAAAAUGGCGAAUGGUGUUGGCAGGUGGCAUUAAUCAACUCGCUCAACCAGUACCUCUGCGGAGCGGCUCUUAUCGGCACGCAGUGGGUACUUACUGCGGCACAUUGUGUGACGAACAUUGUCCGAUCGGGUGAUGCCAUCUACGUGCGUGUGGGUGACUAUGACCUGACACGCAAAUACGGAAGUCCUGGCGCGCAGACCCUGCGAGUAGCUACUACCUACAUCCAUCACAAUCACAACAGUCAGACACUUGAUAACGAUAUUGCCUUGUUGAAGUUGCACGGCCAGGCAGAACUUCGGGACGGUGUGUGUCUGGUGUGUCUACCGGCACGUGGCGUCAGUCAUGCCGCCGGUAAGCGCUGUACAGUGACGGGCUACGGGUAUAUGGGUGAGGCCGGUCCCAUUCCGCUACGGGUGCGUGAAGCCGAAAUACCGAUCGUCAGCGAUGCCGAGUGCAUACGCAAGGUGAACGCAGUCACCGAGAAGAUAUUCAUCCUGCCGGCAUCUAGCUUCUGUGCCGGUGGUGAGGAAGGUAACGAUGCCUGCCAGGGUGAUGGUGGCGGUCCGCUAGUGUGCCAGGACGAUGGAUUCUUCGAGCUGGCCGGGUUGGUAUCGUGGGGAUUCGGUUGUGGCCGGGUCGAUGUGCCCGGUGUGUACGUGAAGGUGUCCUCGUUUAUCGGGUGGAUCAACCAGAUCAUUAGCGUUAACAAUCAGUAG